AUGGCCUCCCAACUCACGCCCAAGCAGCGCCUCGCGCUCUCCAUCUGCGACUUCCUCACCACGUCGGCCACGGACGGGACCCUCACCGCCGACGACAAGGACUCGGUCGACGUGGCCGUCAACUGCAUCGCCGAGUCCUUCAAGGUCGACCCGGCGGCCGACAAGCAGGCCCUCGCCGGCAGCCAGUCCCUGCUGCAGAUCUACUCCGUCUACGACAAGCUCAAGGCCUCGGCCGGCCCGCCGCCCCCCGCCGGCGCCGAUGCGUCGACGUCUUCCGCCGGCACCGCCCCGACCGAGGAGCAGAAGAAGGAGGCCGAGGGCCUCAAGUCCAAGGGCAACGCCGCCAUGGCGCAAAAGGACUACCCCUCCGCCAUCGACCUCUACACGCAGGCCCUGCGCCUGCACCCGGCCAACGCCAUCUUCCUCUCCAACCGCGCCGCCGCCCACUCCGCCGCCAAGGACCACGCCUCGGCCCGCAUCGACGCUGAGGCCGCCGUCGCUGUCGACCCCACCUACACAAAGGCCUGGUCGCGCCUCGGCCUCGCCCGCUUCGCUCUCGGCGACGCAAAGGGUGCCAUGGAGGCCUACGCCCGCGGCAUCGAGCACGAGGGCAGCGGUGGCUCCGACGCCAUGAAGAAGGGCUACGAGACGGCCAAGCGCCGCGUCGAGGAGAUGCAGGCUGAGGAGGCCGACCUCUCCCGCGGCUCAUCCAACACCCCUGACGUCGGCGGCCCGGGCGGCAUGCCCGAUCUCGGCAGCCUCGCCUCCAUGUUUGGCGGCGGCGGUGCCGGCGGCCCUGGUGGUGCCGGGGGCAUGCCCGACUUUGCCUCCAUCAUGAACAACCCCAUGUUCGCCAGCAUGGCACAGAACCUCAUGAGCAACCCCGACAUGAUGGCCAACCUCAUGAACAACCCGCGCCUGCGCGAGAUGGCCAACCAGUUUGGCAGCGGCGGCAUGCCCGACCUCAACAGCCUCAUGUCCGACCCCAGCGUCGCCGAGAUGGCGCGCAACAUGAUGGGCGGUGGUGCCGGUCGCGGAGCCGGUGGCAACAGCGGCAGCGGCGGCAACGACAGCACUUCGUGA